AUGUGGGACCGGCUGCGGGGCAGUCGGGCGGCGGGCGGCGGCCGGAGCGCGGCCGCGAUGGCGCAGCGGGAGGAGAAGGAGCCGGGGGCGAGCGAGGGAGAAUCGGGAAGCGGGGUUGGGGCCGACGCCGAGCGGGGAUCGAGCGGAGCCGCCGCUCCUGCUGCUGCUGCUCCUGCUGCUGCUCCCUUCCAGCCCCCCGAAGGUGGUUUCGGCUGGGUGGUGGUCUUCGCCGCCGCUUGGUGCAACGGUUCCAUCUUCGGCAUCCAUAAUUCCUUCGGGAUCCUCUACAUGAUGCUGCAGAACGACCUGGGGGAAGGGGAGAACGACCCCGCGUUGGAGUUUAAAACAGCAUGGGUUGGCUCCUUGGCCAUGGGCAUGAUUUUUUUCUGCUCUCCCAUCGUCAGCAUCUUCACCGACCGGAUCGGCUGCAGGACCACGGCAGCCAUGGGAGCUGCCAUUGCCUUCAUUGGACUCCUCUCCAGCUCCCUUCACCAAGUAAGAUCUCUGGAAGUUCGUUACUUCACCUACGGGAUCCUCUUUGGCUGUGGCAGCUCCUUUGCCUUCCAGCCCUCCUUGGUCAUCCUCGGUCACUACUUCAAGCGCCGCCUGGGCUUGGCCAACGGGCUGGUGGCUGGAGGCAGCUGCCUCCUCUCCGUGCCUCUCCCCUUCUUCCUGAAGAUGGUGGGGAAGGCCAUCGGGCUGGCCCAUACUUUCCAAGUACUCAGUGCCUUAAUGCUCAUCCAGAUCUUCUUGUCCUUGACCUACCGGCCCAUCUUGCCACCUUCUUGUGACUCUCAGCACGACGGGCAGGACAAGCUGGGCAGUCGGAGUAUGAGGCAGCAGUGCUGGGCCCAGACACGCAAAUAUUUCAACUUGAGGGUUUUCCGGAGAAAAACCUAUCGGAUCUGGGCCUUCGGGAUCGCCACGGCCGUCCUGGGAUAUCUCGUUCCUUACCUGAACCUGGUAAAAUACGUGGAGAAACGAUUUCAGGAAACCAAAAAGGACUGGAUCCUCCUGGUCUGCAUGGGAGGCAUGGCAGGCCUGGGGCGCUUGGUUUCGGGCCGCAUUGGUGACUGCAUCCCCGGGCUGAAGAAGAUUUACCUGCAGGUUGUGUCCUUCAUGCUGUUGGGCCUCCUCUGCAUGAUGAUCCCGCAGUGCCAAGGGUUCGAGGGCGUCAUUGUCAUCUGCCUCUUCCUUGGCCUUUGCGAUGGCUUCUUCACCACCAUCAUAGCCCCCAUCGCCUUCGAGCUGGUGGGGCCAAUGCAGGCAUCCCAGGCCAUAGGGUACCUCAUGGGGCUGAUGGCCGUGCCCAUGACGGCGGGCACGCCGAUAGCAGGAUACCUCAACGAUUAUUUUGGGAAUUACGACGCGGCUUUUUAUUUCGCCGGGGUCCCCCCCAUCAUCGGUGGUUUGGUGCUUUCCUUCGUCCCCCUGAUCCACCAGAGGAUGCUGAAAAAGCAACGUUUGGAUUCUGGCAAAGACAAGAUGCUGGGUUCAGAGGCAGUGGUCAACGGGGAGCUGCUGCCGGGUGCCCCGGCCUCCGAAGCCCACAUGUAAAAACCUCCUCUCCCGGCCUCACCGGUGCCACCAGCAGCUUCUCUGUAGCCCAAGCACAGGCUCUUUUCUAGCUGGACCAUAAAUCUUGAUGAUUGCAGAUGCACUGUGUUUGUAAAGGAGAAAAAACAAACAAACAAGCAAACAAAAACCAACAAAAAACCCCACAUUCUUCUGGUUAAAGGUUUUUAACUGGCAGAAUCACUCUUUUUGGGGGGACAGUUUUGAUUUCCAAGCCACCUCCUUGGGUUGUUUUUUGGUUUUUUUUCCUCUAACCAUUUUUUCUAAGGAGAACUCCCACCAGGAUUCACACUUGACCCAUCUCCCCUCCCCAGUUUUCUCUAUGUCACGACAGAGGUUUACAGCUAAUAAAUGCCUUUUUUACAGCAGGUCACA